GUAGCAUUUCUAACGUAUACAAAUUAUUAUUCAUACUAUAUAAAUUAAAUUCAGCAUUAGAUUCAUCAGUUAAACGGUCACCUUCAUCACUGUCGACAAUUAAUAAUAACAAAACAACCUAGACCAUUUAAUCUGCGCAAUACAAAACUUGAUAAGCCCAGAGCCACUACAAAACUUGGUGCCCCUAAUUAAACAUGAGUUCUGUCUCUCCCUCUGCGUACUGGUGCCCCUAAUUAAACUUCUCCUAAUCAAAAUAGUUUUUUUUUUUUCGUCCUUAUAUCUUAGUGGCCCUAUUUAGCAUGAGCUUUCUCCUCCCUCCUGUAACUUAGGGCCCCUAAUUAAAGAUGAGUUUUCUCACUCCCUAUAACCAAAAUUACUAUCCCAUCUCAGAGUCCACAUAUUGUGUAAAUGCCGAUAAAAUAUAUGAGGAGAACUAUGAUAUAAUGAAGAGAAGAAAUAUGAAUGAUGAAACACUUAUAAAAAAGUUGUCCGGAUCACACGCAAACAUAUCGCUCAUUUAUUUCAACAGUGACAUAACUCAAAAAUUGAAGAUUUUGAGUUAGUUAUAUCACUGAAUUUGUCAUUUUCUAUAUUUAUUUGUGGUAAGAACGCCAUAACUCUAGUAUCAAAAUUGUCCAUUAUAUGUCGCUCAAGGCAUAGUGACUCAUUUUCUUUCAGACGAAUCGUUUAGUUGGCAUAGCGUUUUAUUUCAGUUACGUCUUGACUCUUGCAGAGGAAGCAUCGUUUUAGCUCCUGCUACAGUGACAUAUUUCUUGUUAUGACAGUGUUCUGACAAGGUAAAUAUGACCAGUCGAGGAAAACAACUCUUACAAUUAGCAUUGGAAUCGGUAGAAAACACAAAACAAGCAUCAUCCAAGGAGCCUGAAGUGACUGAAACUUUCUCUGAGUCAGGAAAGAAUGUCGAAGUCCUAGUAAACCAAAACGAGACACCACCAAGUUCUUCCCAGAACACCAAGAGUGUAGGCCUAGGGAUGUCGACAAUGCAGUGCACACAUUUGGGUGAAAGGCGUAAUUCUACAUCAAGCAAUAUUUCUUCAUCAAGUAAUAGCUCUUCAUCAAGCAGCAGCACCUCAUCAUCCUCGUCAAAGAGCAGUGCAUCAUCAACUCAUGCAGCAACACCAGAAGAUGUGCUAGACUCUGAUGAUUCUGUUGCAGAUAAGACCUACGAACCAAAUUAUGAUGAAGAUUCAGAAGGAGUUGGUAGUAAUGACGAUGACUCUUCCCUGACUCCAAAUGUUGAUACUGCUACACUUGGAAAUAAGGACACCAAAGAAUUAGAGAGCCCAGCUAAAAAAGGUUCGAAAAGGAAGAAACAACCAGAAAAGUGGGGGCGACAUCUCCAGAAAAAACUAAGAAAUGAAGGAAAACGGUAUGUAAUGCACACCAAAGACAGAAAAGAAAGGGAAGAAAGAAAAGUAAAGCCUCCUUGCAAGGAAAAAUGCAGGUUGAAGUGCUCAAUGAAAUUUACUGAGGAACAAAGAAUGUCCAUAUUUGCAUCGUACUGGGAACUAGGUGAUAUUAACAGACAAAGGCAGUUUAUUGCCAAUUCAAUUGAUGAAAUUGUACCUAGGUACAGAUAUGUUCGUAUAGGAGUCCUGGAAAAGAAGAACAAAGUUUGUGAAAACUUGAUUGAAAAUGAUCUCAGAGGUAAACACAGUAAUCACCACACUGUUGAUGAAAGCAUCAAGGACGGAAUGAGGGCUCAUAUUGAUUCCAUUCCAAAAAUUGAGAGUCAUUACCUCAGGGCUAAUACAUCAAGAGUUUUCAUUGACGGAAGCAAGACUGUUGCUGAUAUCCAUAGAGAUUAUGUUUCAAACUGCAAAGAGAAUAAUGCACCGUUUGGGAACUACUCUAUGUUCUACAAGGUGUUCACUGAAGAUUACAAUAUUUCUUUUUUCACCCCGAAAAAAGAUCAAUGUGACACCUGCGCAACCUUUGAAAAUGCAAGUAAAACUGAAAGAGAUAAUCUGCAACAGAAGUAUGAUCAGCACCAAGUUGAAAAAGAAUUGUCAAGAUCUGCGAAAGCUAGUGAUAAAGUAUCAUCAAAUGCUGCUGUAGCAGUUUAUGAUUUGCAGGCUGUAUUCCAACUGCCCAAAGGAGAUGUAAUUAACUGUUCGUGUUCUGACAAGCAUGAUGUUUAA